CAGCCCAGCACACGCCGCCUCCUCGGCCCACCUUGAACAUUCACCAUCGAGCCCUCUCCCUGGCACGGUCUUUUCACUCUUGGUUUCUGCCACCAUCCCCUCCCUGGGCAACACUGCCGGGUCCCUCACCUCAAACCCACCAUGUCGCUGGGGCCACUGAAGUUCCAGGCAGUGGGCGAGGAUGACGACGACCACGACGAGGAGGAGAGCCUGGACUCUGUGAAGGCACUGACGGCCAAGCUGCAGUUGCACACCCGGCGGCCCUCGUACCUGGAGUGGACGGCCCGGGUCCAGAGCCAGGCCUGGCACGGGGCCCAAGCUAGACCUGGCCCCGGGGCAUCUGGGGCCAUCUGCGGCUUUGACUCAAUGGACUCCGCCCUUGAGUGGCUUCGAGGCCAGCUGCAGGAGAUGCAGGCGCAAGACCGGCAGCUGGCAGGGCAGCUGCUGCGCCUCAGGACCCAGCUGCACCGGCUGAAGAUGGACCAAGCCUGUCACCUACACCAGGAGCUGCUGGACGACGCCGAGCGGGAGCUGGAGCCUGGGGCGGGCCUGGCCCUGGCUCCACCACUGCGGCACCUGGGCCUCACGCGCAUGAACAUCAGCGCGCGCCGCUUCACUCUGUGUUGA